AUGUUCAUCACCAUAAGAAAAAAAUACCUUCAAGUUGGGACAGUUGCUUUGCUCUUGCUAAUUGUUUCCAUGUGGACAUUAGCAUCUUCCACCCGGCUGAGCGCUAUGUCGAAUAACCUAGAUGCCCUAUCACUAUCUAUCUGGUCGCACAGUACAUCGAAGUAUACAGAUCGAAAGUCAGCAUUUAAUAGAAAGGUCACAAAGUUGUUCCAAUGGAGAAAACAAUACGACAAAGAAGGAAAAUUUUCAAGGGCAGAUACUACCAUAACUCCAGACCAGACCCAACUUAUUAUUCCUGAGUAUUAUAAAGAGCCUGAUCAUAAUAGAACUGAUGUACAACCUUUUGACCCACGAUUUACGCUAGGAAUGUAUUACAACUACAUCAGGAGAAACUCUAAGAAACAGAAAUCCAUUGAAGCCCCCUUUCACUGGGCAGACUGGGUUGACUUGAGCAUUUUGAACAGCCAUUUCUUCGAAACCGAUCAAAACAAACGGCAAUGCCUGAUUCUAGAUAACCGGGUGUACGAAAAUGAACGUGCUAAACCUGAUGUGAAGGAACGCCAUGCUCUUGAUCCGGCCUUAUUCUGUGUAGAAGAUAAGGAUUUACCUGAAGACUUUGACGACGGGAACCGCUUAAGAAUGGGCUUCAACGUCAUGAAGUAUUUCGGUCAAAUGGAAGAGAAAAAGGUGCACAUGGCAGGUAAAGCAUACCUUUAUGCUGCGGCUCCAUUACCAGCAUCAGUUGUCUUUUUGACCCAAGAUGGCUCUUACACAAUAAUUCCAACGAAAAGACAAAAACUUUUGCAUAAUGGUCUCGUCGAAGACUUUAUGAGUGAUUCGAAAUCCAAUGAGCUUAACACUCUCAAAGAGUUUAAUCGUCUUAAGAAGCAAGUACCCGUUUCUAGUGGUGUCAAUGUCGAUAACUAUGAGAUUGCCUUAAAGCCUGAAGAUUUUACUUUUGAUGCCAAGCUGAUUUUGAAAGACCUUGAAGAGAGAAAGGCCACAUUGAACUUUCGUGAAUCCAGUUAUCUCGAGUCAUUGAAGUACUCAAUUGCAGUGGAAAAGAAUCCUCCUAAAUACUUUAGUGAGGCUAAAAUUAUUGGACAUGCCAUGGGCGACCAUUAUGAUUGGAGGUUCUUCAAUGGUUUGCAUCAUGAUGACAAGGUUGCGACGUUACACAGAAUGGUCCGAGUUUGGCUUUCAUUCUGUAGGAAGCAUGAUAUUACGACUUGGUUGGCUCAUGGCUCUCUUUUAGCGUGGUACUGGAAUGGCAUUGCUUUCCCGUGGGAUGAUGAUAUUGAUGUUCAAGUUCCAAUUAUGAGUUUGCAUAAAUUGAGCAUGAAUUUCAAUCAAUCUCUCAUCGUUGAGGAUGCCUCAUAUGGUUUCGGUCGUUACUUUUUGGAUUGUGGAACAUUCAUCUCCCUGAGAACGCACGGCAAUGGCAACAAUAACAUCGAUGCUAGAUUUAUUGAUAUUGAUACAGGUUUUUAUAUCGAUAUCACUGGUUUGGCGUUAACUGAUGAAGGUUCCCCUGAAAGAUAUGACUCUCUUCUUCCUCGGGACUUCAGGAAGACACAUACUCCCGGAGAGGUCAACAAGAUGCUACAAGUCUACAACUGCAGGAACAAGCAUUUCUCCAGUUUCGAUGAACUUUCACCAUUAGUCAAGUCUUAUGUGGAGGGCGAGGUUGCUUAUAUUCCUAGACGAUACUCGUCCAUUCUCACUGCAGAGUACCUGAAGAAAAGUUUGGUGGAAAAAUGUUUCAAAAAUCGUUUUUUCGUACCACAAUUAAGAUUAUGGGUACAUGAGAACGACUUGAGGUUUUUCCUUCGCCACAGAGAAGAAUGGAAUUCUUUUUACCGUGUAAAUGCAACAGAUGUGAAGAAACCACAUACGGAUGGAGGUUUGGCAUUCCUGGAGUUGGAGCAAAUCUUAAGAUUUGAAGAUCAAGAUCUUUUAGAUCUUUUGGCAUAUGACGAAUUACUUAUAGAUUAUGUUGCCACAAGGGACUUAACUUCGGUGCAUGAGAAUGAAAUUAUGAGGCAUUUAUUCGGCAAAUCAACCAAAAGCAUCAUCGAUGGCGCUCCUCAUUUCAAGCCAUUGAAGUUCGAGCCAUUCUUAGAAAAAUUGAACCAAACACUGGAAACUUUUGAGAUGAAAGUCGCCAAAACGCAAGAAAUGUACCGAAAGUACAUGGAUUCGACUAAUAAUAACUAA